AUGGAUGGGGGAACUUCAGGAAAUGAUUCAUCUGUGACCACUUUUGUCCUGCUGGGCCUAACGGAGACUCCAGUUCUACAGCCCAUUGUCUUCAUUAUCUUUCUUCUUGCUUAUUUAGCUACUGUCGGUGGCAAUUUCAGCAUCCUAGCUGCCAUCCUCAUAGAACCCAAACUCCACACCCCCAUGUACUUCUUCCUGGGAAAUUUGUCCCUGUUAGAUGUUGCAUGCAUCAGUGUCACUGUCCCUGCCAUGUUGAAGCAUCUCAUAUCCAAUGACAGAAACAUUUCCUAUAGGGCUUGCCUCUCACAGCUCUUUUUCUUCCACCUCUUGGCUGGGGCAGACUGCUUCUUGCUGACCGUCAUGGCCUAUGACCGCUAUCUGGCCAUCUGCCAACCCCUUACCUACAGCACCCGCAUGAGCCAAAGAAUCCAGCAAGCCCUGACAGCCAUGUCAUGUGUCUUUUCCUUCACCAAUGCACUGACCCAAACUGUUGCUGUGUCUACUCUUAAAUUCUGUGGCCCCAACGUGAUCAAUCACUUCUACUGUGACCUCCCACAGCUCUUCCAGCUCUCCUGCUCCAGCACCCAACUCAACGAGCAGUUGCUCUUUGUAGCAGCAGUCUUCAUGGGCGUGGCCCCCUUGAUCCUCAUCACUGUGUCCUAUGCUCAUGUGGCAGCUGCAGUUCUACGAAUCCGCUCUGCUGAGGGCAGGAAGAAGGCCUUCUCCACAUGUAGCUCCCACCUCACUGUGGUGGGCAUCUUCUAUGGGACAGGUGUCUUCAGCUACAUGAGGCUGGGUUCAGGGGAUUCUUCAGACAAGGACAAGGGAAUUGGCAUCCUCAACACUGUCAUCAGCCCUAUGCUGAACCCACUCAUCUACAGCCUUAGAAACCCUGAUGUGCAGGGUGCCCUGAGACGUGUGUUCAUGGGGAAGCAGACCUGUAUGUGA